GGAGAGGGUUUAAGUGGUUCAUGGCCCUUUCCUCCCUCCUCUACUCCCUUCUGUGACUGAGUCCUGGUCAGCUACCACCCUGGCCGUGAGCAGCGACGCCAGACGGACAGUUCCAGCAGGGGAAGACUCACCCGGAAGAGACAGGAUGCAGAGAUGGCCUCACCCCCAAGGGGCUCCAGGCCCCAUGGGAACAGGGGAGACGGGAGGCUGCCUCAAGCAGAGGCCCCAGUGCAGAGCCCAGGGAAGCGCCAUUCCCCUGGCAGGGUGGGCCUGCCAGUGUGCCCCAUCCAAGGCCUAAGACCUCGGGCUGCCCGAAAGUCCCGCAGGGGGGUAGGGGCCUCUUCCCAGCAGACUCCUCGCCCUUGUGCCCCUACGCCAGCAGCCAACCGUACCCGGUUUACCCACCGCCGGGGACUGCCCACUCGGACCCAAGUCAGCUCCAGGAGAGGCAAGCGUUCAAGGAUCCGGAGGUGCCGCACCCGGGCGCCAGGCUGGACCCAUGAGAGACCAAUGGGGAGCAGCCGGGAAGAGGGGCUCCUGCACCAGCUGAGCCAGCUGGACCAAGAUGCAGACUUCCCGGACAAUGCAGAUACUGCCAGGCCCCCAGCCUCCCUUCUGGAGGGGCUCCUGCUAGACGGGGAGAAGCACCCACCCAGCACAGGGCAGGGCCCAUUCUUCUACAUCGGAGGCACCAACGGAGCCUCAAUAAUCAGUUCCUACUGCAAGAGCAAGGGCUGGCAGCGCAUCCAGGACAGCCGCCGCGAGGACUACAGGCUGAAAUGGUGCGAGGUCAAGUGCCGGGACUACUACUGCAACUUCCGAGAAGGUGAGCAGCUGCUGUACCAGCUCCCCAACAACAAGCUCCUCACCACCAAGAUCGGGCUGCUCAGCGCCCUGAGGGAGUACUCACGGGUCUUGAACAAGAUCAACAAGCCGUCACCGUGCACCCAGGCCAAGUUUGGAAAGGACAUAGCACCCACCUUUGAAGAGCUCAUGUGGACCAGCCCAGGACACCUCAGGCCACAGAGAAUCCUAAAAAUGGAAGAAUUUUUCCCAGAGACCUAUCGUCUGGACAUUAGGGAUGAGAGAGAGACCUUCUUCACCCUGUUUGAUGAAACCCAGCUAUGGAUCUGCAAGCCCACCGCCUCCAACCAGGGCAAAGGCAUCUUUCUGCUCAGAAACCAAGAGGAAGUGGCUGCCCUGCAAGCCAAGACCCAGAGCAUCGAGGACGACCCUAUCUACCGCAAGAUGCCGUUCAAAGCUCCUCAGGCGAGGGUAGUACAGAGGUACAUCCAGAACCCACUGCUGCUGGAUGGGAAGAAGUUUGACGUGCGCUCUUACCUGCUCAUCGCCUGCACCGUGCCCUACAUGGUCUUCUUUGGCCACGGUUAUGCCCGCCUCACCCUCAGCCUCUACGACCCCCAUUCCAGAGACCUCAGUGGCCACUUGACCAACCAGUUCAUGCAGAAGAAGAGCCCCCUGUACGUGCUGCUUAAAGAGGACACAGUGUGGUUUUUCUUCAUUAGUGUGUCCCUGCCAUGCAGUAGUGAGUCUGAGAGUGAGAAAGUGUGGACAUGUGUGGGAAUGCAGGUGAGAUGGGCAAUUGUGGCCCUUCAAGCCUGGGAGAAUUACCAGGGCCUACAGGUGACAGCCAGAAUGCCCUCCCUGCCUCUCUCACAGAAGCGGAUGCAGCAGAUUAUGGCCCACUGCUUUCUCGCUGUCAAAUCCAAGCUCGACUGCAAACUGGGUUACUUCGACCUCAUUGGCUGUGACUUCCUGAUUGAUGAGAACUUCAAGGUGUGGCUGCUGGAGAUGAACUCCAACCCCGCCCUGCACACCAACUGUGAAGUCCUGAAGGAGGUGAUCCCAGGCGUGGUCACGGAGACCCUGGAUUUGGCGCUUGAGACCUUCCAGAAGAGCCUGCGCGGCAGGGCCCCCGCCGCACUCGCCUCCGGGGAGCGCAAGCCCAUUGGAGACACCCCACACAGCAGCCUGCACUGGCCAGGAUUCCUUGUACUCCUGUCCCAGGAUGAUCCCCUGGGGGCUUCCCUGGGCCCCCACACCCUCCCCUACCAGCCCUCACUUUACCUGUCCUAA